AUGGCAAGGCUGGCUCAGGUGAGCUCGGGUGAGCUCAGAGCCGGGCUCAGGCGGGCUCUCCGGCGGGAUUCCAGGCGGGAUUCCAGGCAGGAUCUCACUCCGGUGGGAUCCAGUCGAAAGGCGGAGCUCCCGCUGCCCGCACUGCCGGCGCCGCUCCGCGCCGCGGUGACGCACCGGGCCCGCUCGCGCCCCGCGGUGACGUCACGCGGGAAAAAGGAGGCGGCUCCCGGGAAAAAAAGGACGCUCCGGGAAGAUCUCAUCGCUCCGGGCGUCUCCCUGGCAGCAGCGGGUAGCCGUGUGCGGGACGGGCUCUGCUCCCAGGCAACCAGCGACGGGACGGGAGGACACGGCCUGAAGGGGAAGUUCAGGAGAGACACUGUCGCUGAACUCCAGGCGCUCCCAGCGCGGAACAUCGAGGCAGGAGGUGAGGACAAGGCUGUGCCCACCUGUGACUCUGGGAAAGAUGGACCAGCCAGUGGAGAGUCAAUGCAUUUUUUCCACUAUGACAAGAAUACCAAAGAUAAAAAAAGGAGCCAGUGCCCCGCCUUGGCUGCUUGCAACCCCUCUCCAGUGCGGACAGAGCGCGGGCCCCGGGGCGAAACCGAACUGUCACUGUGUGAGGUAUUGUGAAAAUGGGAACCAUUUGUUUUGUCCA